AAAAGCCUUUACUAAACCAAUUAAUCUUAAUGUGUCAAUUGAGCUAAAGUCUUUAGGUCUACCUUAAGAGGUAGAGUAGGAUGGGGUGGGACUAACCGAGACUCUUCCCUCUCAGGCACAGUAGGUGUGACCCAGCAGAACAAAAAUGCACAUGUAAGAGAAGCACUUGUGUUUGUUUGUGCGUGUCUUCCACCCCCUCACACACACACACACACACCAGCCUGCAUUCAGGACACCCCAGUGGCUGUGGGAGAGAGACAAGUUUUUGUGCUGGACCUUUCAACAGGAACAAACCUCAGCAAGCCUCCCGUCCUCUUCUAACUGAGCAGAAACCAUGACAGACGCAACCAACAUGCGGCUGAAGCUGCCAAUCACCUGCUUCAUCUUGGAGAUCAUCCUCAUCAUCCUCUUUGGUGUGCUGGUGGAGUACGACCAUGACACUGAUGCAAGAAAGUGGCACGAACAUGGCAAUGGGACCCACGGCCACUCUGACUAUGAGAAUGACUUCUACUACCGCUAUCCAAGUUUUCAAGAUGUGCAUGUGAUGAUCUUCAUUGGUUUCGGCUUCCUCAUGACCUUCCUGCAGCGUUACGGCUUUGGCAGCGUGGGCUUCAACUUCCUGAUUGCUGCCUUUGCCCUGCAGUGGGCCACGCUCAUGCAAGGCUUCUUCCAUGGCAUGCACGGGGGCAAGAUCCACAUUGGGGUGGAGAGUAUGAUCAAUGCUGACUUUUGCACCGGCUCUGUGCUCAUUUCAUUUGGAGCUGUGCUGGGUAAAACCAGCCCCGUCCAGCUGCUGAUUAUGGCCAUAUUUGAGGUCACACUCUUUGCUGUCAAUGAGUACAUCUUGCUGACUCUCCUUGGAACCAAGGAUGCUGGAGGCUCUAUGACCAUCCAUACCUUUGGAGCCUACUUCGGCCUGAUGGUGACGCGUGUCUUGUACCGGCCAACCCUUGAAAAGAGCAAACACAAGAACUGCUCUGUCUACCACUCUGACCUGUUCGCAAUGAUCGGGGCCAUCUACCUGUGGAUGUUCUGGCCCAGCUUCAACUCGGCCAUUACAGAGCAUGGAGACGACCAGCACCGCACAGCCAUGAACACCUACUACUCCCUGGCAGCCUGCACACUGUCCACAUUCGGCAUGUCCGCACUCACAGCUCACGACGGCAAGCUGGACAUGGUCCACAUUCAGAAUGCUGCCCUGGCCGGAGGAGUUGCCGCGGGAACCGCUGGCGAAAUGAUGCUGACACCUUUCGGCUCCAUGAUUGUCGGUUUCUUGGCUGGCAUCAUCUCUGUACUGGGAUUCAAGUACCUCUCGCCUGUCCUGGAAGAAAAGCUGAAGAUCCAGGACACCUGUGGGGUUCACAAUCUGCACGGCAUGCCCGGUAUCCUGGGGGCGAUUGUCGGAGCUGUAACGUCUGCCGUGGCAACCAGAGAUGUUUAUGGCGGCGGUCUGGAAGACGUGUUUCCUCUUGUGGCAAGUGAAGAGAGAACAGCAUCGUACCAAGGCAGCGUCCAGGCCAUAUCCCUUGCGGUCACCCUUGGCAUUGCCCUGCUUGGGGGACUUAUUGUUGGUUUCAUUCUGAAGCUGCCUGUCUUCGGCUCUCCUAAUGACACACACUGUUUUGAAGACGGCAUCUACUGGGAGAUGCCCGGAGAAGAGGAAAGUCAUGAGGAGCUGACCACUGUGAGGACAGAGGAGUCCGAGAAACUCAACGGUUAAAAAACACAGGAAACCAGGGCAAUGGACACGCACUGACAUUUUAACAUCCUAGCACUGGAGAGCAAAGAUGCUCCGAAAUAUUGAAAAUACUCACGUUAUUCUCAUGGCAACUGCUAAACUGUUUUUUUUUACAUGUACAUUUUUUUUCCAUACUCCCCAAUUUGGAAAAACAAAAUCACCUUUUAAGAUUACUGACAGCUUCAACCACCAGAGGUCAAUCUGAGGCUGCAGUACUCUGUUACAGGCCUGUGAGGCUGCACUGGGACUUCAUGGGUCUGUCUGCAUAAAAAUGCUUUAGAAUGAUCUCAUAAAUGAAGAUGUUACACAAUCUGUUUUUAGACCAAAGAGACAACAUUAAGAGCUAAAAACCUGUUCUUAUUCCCACUGGAUUCAGUGGAAGACAGAGAAUUUUUAUUGGCUACAAAAUCUUUCAAAUUUAAACAUUUAUUCUGUUGUUUUCUUUUCAUUUGCAUAAGAAACUCCAUGCAAAAACUUACUAAUGUAUUUUUUUUAAGUAUCUAUUAUCUCCUAAUAAUUCAUUUUUUCUUGGUGGAAUUGAUAUGCCCCCUUUAGUAAUGUGUGUUAUGUAUUUUAGUGUUUGGCCCUUUAGCAAAAAAAUUGAUAGACUUUUAGAUAUGCCUAGAUUGACUGUACAAUAGCUAUAUUCACUGCUUUUUUAAACAAAGUUAGUAUUUUGAAAAACAAUAUUGGAUUUUUUUUUUUGCCAAAUAAAGCGUUCAAAAGAAUGUUUGCUAUUGUUUGCUUUAUGCAUUUCAAACAGUUCUGAUUUGGAAAAUGUUUGCACUUUUUGACUGUUUUAGGAUUUAUCUGAUUUCAUGAAAUAUAGGCUUGUGACAAGGAGCUGUACAAUGUAUUCUCUGCUGUGAUGAGGACCAGCCAUCAUUAGUCCCUUCAUCUUAAAGGCUUAAUCACUGUGGCAAUUAUGGUGGAGAGAGUUGAAAUCUCCAAUAGAGAUUGGGCUUGCCUCUCACCAGAAUCCUCCCAGUUUCAUUUUUUGGAUGACUGAGCUUACAAAAGCUUUUUUCCAAUAAGAAAUGGCCUGCAAACAGCAUGGAAGAUGACUAAUGCUCCUGAAGUCUACCAGAAGGCCCUCUACUCAUUGCUGGCAGAUUCUGAUAUAUGGAAGGAUUCCAGAGUCAAAAACCACAAAGAAAAAGAUUACAGAACAUGGAGAAAGAGCACUCUCACUCAUCUCUGUCACGAUUCAAACAGAACUUGAACAAUGCAAUAACAUUCUAAUAUGUCAUCAUGUGUUUAUAAGAAAGAUGCCUCUAAAUGAUUUCAAUCAUAUUUUUACAUCAAGCUGUAAGCAGUCAUCGCUGUAGAUGUCCAAAAGUUUUCUGCACAUCAACAGCUAUAACAACCUUAGCUCAGGAUUAACAGCCAUGAAACAAAUUUGCUAAACUGUGGGAAAUGAUGGUUAAAGAAUGAGUAACUCACUAUUUUAUGAUGCACUAUCCUCACAUUUGCUUCACUGUUGGUGGAAAAGUGACUUUUCCUCUUUGACAAGUAACUUUUGUUGUGAGAAUUGUGAGAAUUAUUCAGAUUGACUUUUAUUUUGGUCAUUUCCCUGACGGUUUAUACAAUAGAAACAGACUGAGUGUCUCUCACCAGUGGUAUGAAGGCAUGAAUGAAUGAAUAAAUGCAAACGAUGUGUCAGCGGUGAAGAAACUGCAGCUGCAACUGUAGAAAUGAUAAAAUAUGACCUCAUUCCAUAACUUAACCAGAAUCAUACACAUCAACAAUUUCCCCACUCACUUGACAUUUAAACAGGUUUUCAUCAUUCGUCCUGCCUGACCUGUGUAACACCCCAGACCUCAUCUAAUGCGUUUGUUUUAUUUUGUCAAUAAAAUCUCUUUCAAUCCAAAUUUUUGUUCUGAAACAAGUUAGAAAUGUGACGGCUAGCAGCAAAGCCAACAACUUACAGGGUUGUUUUAUUUUCUAAUAGGACGGCAAUUACUGAUAAAUGUGCAAAGAAUUUCUUUCUUUAUUUGUCUCAACAAGAAAAUGGGUGUCUCACAUUUGGUGAAAUGUGUAUUUUUCUGCAGUUAAUCAUAAUAAACUAUCCAUUUCC